CUUCCUGAGAAUGUCAAAAGAAAGAGAAAAGAACAUAUUGGUCAAACUGCACGCGGUCUUUGGUGCUUGUUGCUCCAAAUACUUAUACUCAUCUCCCAGGACAGGGUCCUUCUAACUUCUCUAUCGUUUGGUACGAGCCGCGAGAGGAGGGCGCUUCUCUCCUCCCGGCACUCCACCAUGGGCAAUAUCUCCGAAGACUCCUCGCGGGAGGACUGCAAGUCUCUGCAGUCGCUCCCCUCCGGCGAAAGCCCGGCCAUCAGCUCGGUGAUGUUCUCGGCCGGGGUGCUGGGGAACCUCAUCGCGCUGGCGCUGCUGGCGCGCCGCUGGCGGGGGGACGCGGGACGCAGCGCAGGACGCGGGAACUCUAUCUCCCUGUUCCACGUGUUGGUGACAGAGCUGGUGUUCACCGACCUGCUUGGGACUUGCCUCAUCAGCCCGGUGGUGCUGGCUUCCUACGCUCGGAACCAGACCUUGGUGGCCCUGGCGCCUGAGCGCCGCGUGUGCAUCUACUUCGCCUUCGCCAUGACCUUCUUCAGCUUGGCCACUAUGCUCAUGCUCUUCGCCAUGGCCCUGGAGCGCUACCUAUCCAUCGGGCACCCCUACUUCUACCAGCGCUGGGUCACGCGCCGAGGCGGCCUGGCGGUGCUGCCCACCAUCUACACGGUAUCUCUGAUCUUUUGCUCCCUGCCGCUGCUGGAUCCAGAGAAGUACGUCCAGUACUGCCCUGGGACGUGGUGCUUCAUCCAGCACAGCCAGACCACGUACCUGCAGCUCUACGCCACCGUGCUGCUGCUCCUCAUCGUCGCGGUGCUCGCCUGCAACUUCAGUGUCAUCCUCAACCUCAUCCGCAUGCACCGUCGGAGCAGGAGAAGUCGCUGCGGACCCUCCUUGGGCAGCUCCCGGGACGGCCCUGGGGCCCGCAGGAGAGGGGAAAGGGUGUCCAUGGCGGAGGAGACGGACCACCUCAUUCUCCUGGCUAUUAUGACCAUCACCUUUGCGGUCUGCUCCUUGCCUUUCACGAUUUUUGCAUAUAUGGAUCAAACCUCUUCCCAAAAAAACAAGUGGGACCUCCAAGCUCUUAGAUUUUUAUCCAUCAAUUCAAUAAUUGACCCUUGGGUCUUUGCCAUCCUUAGGCCUCCUGUUCUGAGAAUAAUGCGUUCAGUCCUCUGUUGUCGGGUUUCAUUAAGAACACGAGACGCAGCACAGACUUCCUGUUCUAUACAGUCAAAUGCCAAUAAGUAGAUUGACCUUCGCCGACAGUAGUUAAGAAGUGCUUCGUUAGCCAGCAUCUGGAAGAUCAUUUUGAAAUGGCUGCAUGGAGAAAUGAAAAAAGUAAGUUUACAAACCCUAAUAAAACAGAGUGAACAAACCUUUCAGCAGCGGCUGGGGCUACAGAGGUGCUGACAAGGCACUUCAUGGAAGUUGUCAGAAGGAUCUGUAAAACCUGCCUUCAAUGAGCAAGUCAAGGAGGUUGGUCUUUGGAGGAAAAACCAACGGCGUUCAGGAUCGAGUUGCCUUUUGAUUUAAACUUCCCCCUUGAGUGAGAAAGCAUGUGGUUUUGAAAUUUGUUUAAAACCCUAAAUAGUUACAGUGUUUUCUAUUUUAAUCUUCUAUGCUACUGCUGUUAUAAACACGCAACCUGCAGUCAGACCAAAUGAAACUUUGUGUGUCUCCUCUAGGAAGGCCAUGUGUGGAAGCAGCUGAGACUGGUGUCUUGUGUUGCUUAACAAACCCUUUGUUUGGCCAAUGAAUUUGGAAAUCACAGGCACUUUGUACCGUCCUAUUUGUGUAUGUGGGAGGUCUCUCUGGUCACCACGGUAUUAUGCGUGGAACAGUGGGCUCAGCUGGUUAACGUCACCGUUUCACUAGUCCUCUAGAAGCUGUGUGUCAAAGUAUUAGGUAUUUAUUUUAUAAUGUCCAUUGUGCUAAGGGUAAUCAAGAACACUUCUGGAAUUUUCCUCUCAACAAGAAAUAAUAGGCUAUUAAAAGAGUUUUAAUUCUGA